GUGUUUCCCAGUACGACUCUGUGGUUCUGGAGGUGUUUCCCAGUACGACUCUGUCUGUGGUUCUGGAGGUGUUUCCCAACUCAGCUCUGGUUCUGUUUUCUCUGAGUCUGGAACCAGGAACCUCUAUCCAGGAUGCGUUGGAGCGGCUGCCGGACUUCAGGAGCGUCCGCGUGGUGGAGUUCAGGCCGCAGAAGGACCUGGAGCGGGGUCUGGUGGUCCUGGUCCUGUACUCCAUCACCCUGGAGGUGGACGGCAGCAGUGGGGUGAACAACGCGACCCUGGACUUCAUCUCUCUGCAGAACAACCUGGUGGAGAAGAACUACCCGGGGGCCGCUGAGCAACCCACCGUGGUCUACACCAUCACCGACUUCAGGAACUACAUCACUGAGGCACUGCACAAAGACGGCUUCCUGGGCAACAGCAGCCUGGAGGCGUCCCAAACCGCGGAGAACUCGUUACCGGCGGUGAAGACCACCAGCCGCCCGGAGGCCUCCCAUAGCAUGGAUAGCGUCCUGGCUGUAGAGAAGCCUCCGGACGCUCCGCUGCACGAGGCCAAUCUCAGCAAAGAUGACUUCUUGUUCGACUCGUGGAAAGGUGCGGGGGGCGGGUCCAGUGAGAAUGACGUCUUCCUAUUGGAUGAGAGCACGAAGCCGGUCGGACUGCGCAAAGACGAUGGAGGUUUAGAGGCGGAGGGUUUCCUCCUCAGUAACGCCUCGUCACCGACUCUGAAACCUCAGACUGAUGAAAGAUCAGGUUCUGGAUCCUCUGGAGGCGGACCUGGGUCUGACCUCUGGUCCUGGUCUCCCAAGCCUGUCUCUGAGGGGGGGGGCAGCAUGGAGGUCCUGCCGCCGCCGGACCUGGAGGACGAGGAAGACGAGGAGGAAGAGAAACAGGAAGUUAUCACCAAAGCUCCUCCUCUAAAGACGACUGCUGAUCCAGCUGUGGAAGGAAGCCCGGACCUGGACCUGAACCUGGGCCUGGUAACGCCUCACAUCAGCACCAACCCGCGGUUCUCCACCACCCCCAAGGCCCCGGUGUUCUGGCCUCAGGUUACGCUGACCGUGGAACUGAAAGAGGCAUCCGGUGUCUUCGAUGACAUCGUCUUCAACGGGAAUUCCAUCACCGGGUCUCCGGACCUCCAGGACCAUCUGGACCAUCAGGACCUUCAGGACCAUCAGGACCUCCAGGGCCAUCAGGACCAUCAGGACUGGACUCUGGAGGCUCCGGUCUUUGCAGGACCAACGGCGGUCUAUCUCUCUGACACCACCGAAGAAGAAGCAGCUGUGGAGCCUACAAAUGGGUCUACAUCAGAAGAAGAAGUCUUUGAGAAACAGGAAGUCCCUGAAGAAGGAGAGUCCAGCACCGGAUCAGAAGUGGAGUUUGUCUCAGAACUGGACCCUCUGCUCCCAGGACCCGGGCCCUCUGAUGCGGUGGAGGUUCUGGAGGAGCAGCACCUCGGCGCCGCUGACCCGGUAAAUCCCGUUCUGCCGGUCUUCCUCCCAGAGGAGGACCUGGUGGAGGACGAGGUGAUGGUCGUCUCCUCGUCUCCACCCUCGUCCUCCGUCAGCAUCGCCCUCUUUCCGGAGAAAGACUCUCCAUUCACCCGGGUCUCGAACUCAGAGCCGGAGGACGAGGAGGUGCUGCACCGUCAGAUCCAAACCCACGAAGAAGAAAGUCCAAGCAGCGCCCCGGCGGCAGGUGUUCCUGGUCUGCUGCCGGCGCUCCUCCAUGAAUCAGAAGAUGCAGAAACCCUCCGAACAUCGUCCUCCUCUCCACAGGAGGUUCCCCCCCCCUCCGAGCAGGUCUUCUCCGACUCCCCGAGCUUCGACGUCUUCCCACUCAGUGUUAUUGAUCCUGAAGGAGACGGCAGUGGUUCCUCCAGCGGGGCAGAGAUGGAGGUUCCCCCCCCCACGGUGCCCCCUGCUGGCCGGGCUCUCACGGUGUUCUUCAGCCUGAGGGUCACCAACAUGGCCUUCUCCAGUGAUCUGUUCAACAAGAGCUCCUCCGAGUACAGAUCUCUGGAGCAGCGCUUCACCCAGCUG